AUGUCAUCUAAAUUAAGAAUCUUGGUGCCAGUCAAGAGAGUCAUUGAUGCUGCCAUCAAACCUAGAAUAAACAAAACUCAAACUGGUGUAGAGACUAAGGGAGUCAAGUUCAGUAUUAAUCCUUUCUGUGAUAUUGCAUUAGAAGAAUCAAUUAGAAUCAGAGAAGGGGCUAAGGAUUUAGUGGAAGCCAUUCAUGCCGUUUCCAUUGGUCCAACCAAAGCACAAGAUGUUUUAAGAGUGGCAUUGGCUAAAGGUGCUGAUACUAGUACUUUAAUUGAUGUUGGAGAAGAAGAAGUUGAACCAUUAAACGUUGCAAAAUUAUUACAAAAAGUAGUGGAGAAAGAGAAUUCAAAUUUAGUUAUCUUAGGUAAACAAGCCAUUGAUGAUGAUUCCAAUCAAACUGGUCAAAUGCUUGCUGGGUUAUUGAAUUGGCCUCAAGCUACCAAUGCAUCCAAGGUUGAAAUCGAAGGUGAUAGUGUCACUGUUACUCGUGAAGUCGAUGGUGGUUCAGAUACUUUAAGAGCCAAAUUACCAUUAGUCAUCACUACUGAUUUAAGAUUGAAUGAACCAAGAUAUGCUUCUUUACCAAAUGUAAUGAAAGCUAAGAAGAAACCAUUAGAAAAAUUAAAGGCAAGUGAUUUUGGUAUUGAUAUUGUAAAAAGAUUAGAAACUUUGAAAGUGGAUGAACCUCCAGUUAGAGCUGCUGGUAUUAAAGUUGAAACAGUUGAUGAGUUGAUCUCUAAAUUAAAGGAAUUAAAGGCUAUAUAA